AGGAAAUGGGAACUGGGCGAGACUGCAGUUUCCCUGGCCUUCAGUCCCUGAGAUGAUAGAGAGGGGACAUGCAGAAACCUUUCCUGCUCAGUGUGGUCAGAGCUGCACAGAGCACUGCAAAGCACCACAGCUUGGAAGCGCACUGGGCCUGUCUGUGGGGAGAGUGGAGAGGGACUGGGCCGGGAUGGAGCUGAUGGUUCUGCUCAACGCUCUUGUUACUCGCCUGCUGUUCGUGUUGCACUCCCUCAUCGGGGUCUGGAGAGUGACUGAAGUGAAGAAAGAACCCAAGUACUGGCUGCUGGCACUGCUCAAUCUUCUCCUUUGCCUGGAGACAGGGCUCACGCUCAAGUUUAAGCAAGGCAGAGGCUACAAAUGGUUUUCCCCAGCAAUCUUUUUGUAUCUGAUUUGCAUAGUACCAUCAUUAUGGCUACUGGAAAUUCACCAUGGGACACAGUAUUGCAGUAAUGAGCCUGAAGCUGUUCAGUUGAAUGUCACCAAUCAAGACAUCAGUCAGCCUCCAGACAUCAGUGAGGGAAGCGAGAGAAUAGAUCACCACAUCAUUCGGACGGCUAAAGUCUUUGUGAAUCAGCUCUCCACAAUCUGUGAGACUGUAUGGACCCUGGCCCUCCACCAGACCUUUCUACUACUUCUAGUAGUUGGGAGAUGGCUUCUCCCCAUUGGGGUUGAAAUCACCCGGGACCAGUUGUCCCAGCUGCUUCUCAUGUUUGUAGGAACAGCAGCAGAUAUACUUGAAUUUGCUAGUGAAACCCUGGACAUUGAGGAUGUGCGGAAGAAUUAUAUUCUCAUAAAUGCAAUUCUUGCUGUAUGGACCUGGAGUAUGUUACAGUUUCCACUUGAUCUUGCAGGUUAGUACUUGCACAUAGACAAGAAAUAAGAACAUGUGCUUUAAGGUUUUGCUGGCAUGUCUUGUGAUUGUGCACAGGCUACAGGCUAUAUCCAGGGCUUCUGCUGAAGAGCAAUUCAUAUGAUAGUGACACUUUCUGAAGAAAGCCUAUUGUGGUCUCUUUCGAGGAAGCACUUGUUGUCUAAACUCUACCUUCCGGAUAAAAUACUACUUCCAGAAAAAGUGGAACUGCAGUACUGAAGCAUUGCUCUAGUUGCCUGUUACUCCAGUAAAUUUCAUUAUGUUAACUCCUGGAUUAGAUCUGGCCAUGGAAUCUAUCAUGGUUCCAAUCUGGGGAGAAUGGAUCUCACAGAGAAAUAGGCAAAUAUCAGCCACAGGGAACAACACAGCCUAAACACAGAUGUCGCAGGCUCUCAAGGGGUUACCACAAGACACAUUACCUGAGCACAGGGAACUUGCAAGACCACACUGUAUUGGGACUGUAUAUUCUUAUCCUAAACUAAAAGGCCCAACAUCCAGCUAACUCGGGCUGGUAUUUGCCUGCAGACAGAAAGGCAAAGGUCAAAGGAGAUAAUAAAAAUCUUUUUCUUUCAACCCUUUCGGCCUCCAAUAUCACCAAGUUUGCAAGUCAACUGUAUCAGUCCGAAGAUAAGUUAUCCACACAGCAUCUUCUAUAAAACUGAUGACUACUAGGUUGACUCACCUAAAGUAAUGAACAAAUAAAGUAAUAAUGAAAAAUAAUUCCUGAAAUUUUUCAUUAGCUCUCUUUUUGUGGACAGCACUAGGCUUUGAUUUCAAUUUUGAAGGUAGGAGAAUAUUUCAGUAUUUCAGCUCACCCAUCACCUUCUGAAAAAACAGUGUUGCAAUUUACCACAGAUAAUUUUUUUUUUUGUACUGGUAAAAUAUAUUCUCUUAAAUAUGCACAAAAGUUAAAAAAAAAAAACCCAACCCACUACACAUAGUCAAAUAAAUUCAAAUGCUAUUUAAAGAAACCCCGCAUUAAUUUAAGUAAAGCAAAAU